AUGAAUGCCGUAAACGUCGCUUUCGUGAGAGAUCUUGUUGUGACGCAGGGAAAAACACAUUCACAAGUCAUUUUGUUGCUACAAGAAGCAUAUCCUGGAAAAAGAAGCUUAAGUUCUCGGUCCGUUAGAAGGUUUUGCCUUAAAAAUGGGAUACACGCGCAAAAUCGGCUGUCAAACAAAGAGCUGGAACACUACACAAAAGAAGUUGUUGCUUGGGUGGGUAUUUUUGCUUGAAAUUUUUUUUUCUGCAAGGAAAAAAACGAAUGAAUUAAGACAUUUUUUAUAAAGUAACAUCAUCGAUGUAUAUUAUUUGGAGAAACGUUGUUGGUACAACACGUAAACCGUUCAUCGCCAACCUUCACAAUCUUUUCAAGGCUACCGGUCAAUAAGGACCCCCUGUUCAAGGCGCUCAAUAGUUAAAUUGUAUAACCUGUUUAAGACUCGAGACCCAGAUACCACACCCUGUUCAGCGCCACAUACCCUUCUAGGCCAAAUAAGGGACUGCACCCCUAAGGGGGGAGAUGAAAUCCUCAUUCUAUUCCGAAUCAAUAUUGAUCACCAUUGGCAGACUGAGAUAUGUCUAAUACACUUAAAUUUCACCAUCAUAGUAGGAGUAAAACCUUACCUUUUCUAUAGGCAAAGUCUGGAAGUCUCAGCCAAAAUGCAAUAACUAUGACGUUGCAAAUUGAUGACACCAAACGUAUACGCUCCCUGUGAACUCCCUCUUAGCCUAUGUAUGGACGUCCCCCCUCCAUCUGAAAAAAAUUCAAUUUUUUUCUGAGGGAGGGGGGAUGUCUGUACACAGGCUUCUCCCUCUUAACUAAUCAACUUUCUGUGGGAUGGACACUUUUUAAAUUGGCAACUUGGAGAUGUCUCCUAAAGGUGUCCAUCUCAAAGACAGUUGAAAUAUAUCAUAUUAAGUUCUUGAUGUGUUUUACUCAAGGUUGGACCCACAUGGGGUAGAAAAAUGGUGAAAGGAUAUAAGGCCAGUUGUGGUAUAACAGCUGGNAGAAACGUUGUUGGUACAACACGUAAACCGUUCAUCGCCAACCUUCACAAUCUUUUCAAGGCUACCGGUCAAUAAGGACCCCCUGUUCAAGGCGCUCAAUAGUUAAAUUGUAUAACCUGUUUAAGACUCGAGACCCAGAUACCACACCCUGUUCAGCGCCACAUACCCUUCUAGGCCAAAUAAGGGACUGCACCCCUAAGGGGGGAGAUGAAAUCCUCAUUCUAUUCCGAAUCAAUAUUGAUCACCAUUGGCAGACUGAGAUAUGUCUAAUACACUUAAAUUUCACCAUCAUAGUAGGAGUAAAACCUUACCUUUUCUAUAGGCAAAGUCUGGAAGUCUCAGCCAAAAUGCAAUAACUAUGACGUUGCAAAUUGAUGACACCAAACGUAUACGCUCCCUGUGAACUCCCUCUUAGCCUAUGUAUGGACGUCCCCCCUCCAUCUGAAAAAAAUUCAAUUUUUUUCUGAGGGAGGGGGGAUGUCUGUACACAGGCUUCUCCCUCUUAACUAAUCAACUUUCUGUGGGAUGGACACUUUUUAAAUUGGCAACUUGGAGAUGUCUCCUAAAGGUGUCCAUCUCAAAGACAGUUGAAAUAUAUCAUAUUAAGUUCUUGAUGUGUUUUACUCAAGGUUGGACCCACAUGGGGUAGAAAAAUGGUGAAAGGAUAUAAGGCCAGUUGUGGUAUAACAGCUGGUGACAAGCACAUUGGAAAAGCUUUGUCAAUCGUAUCUCCUCUGUACCAAGUCCAGAGAAAUACCAACACUGCCAGGCAAACCAAUCCCUAUCCUUACCAUGCUGACUAUUUUGGUCACAAAUUGUACAUGGACCAAACUGAAAAACUGGCAAUGUAUGGAUUGACUGAAGUCAGUGCAUGUGAUGGCUAUAGUGGAAAGAUUGUGGCUUUUGUGACAAUGCCAGUGAAGAACAAUGUUUUGAUCUGUAAGAAUGUUUACAGGUGCAGUAUUCAAGAGUUCUUUAAUUAUUGCUAUUAUUACUAUAGGUGAUAAUAAUAGUAUAAUUAUUGCAUCAGUGUUGCCAACUUAACAACAAGCACUUCCAGAUAAGAAGUACCAGCAAGAGUAUAAAUAGUAAAAAAGAGAAGCAGCCAGAUGACAGUGAUGAAUAUAUCACGAAAACAAGCAUAGAUCAUAUUAAAAUUUGAUUUACGUUUAUUUACUCACCUUUGUAUGUGCUAUUUAUGCUUAAAUAUUACAUAUUAUAUUUGCCUCUCUCUUUGAAGAACUGCGGUCAUUCAGCAUGACAUUUGGGAUCAACUCAGAGUAGACCAUGGAACAGAGUUCUAUCUCUCUUUGUAUGUACAAGAAAAAAAUGUCUCCAUAUAG